CGUUUCGAAAACUUUCAUCAGCUGAAUCGAAGGCAUGGCCGUUCUCUGGCUUCUCUUGUGAUAUCAUGUUUUUUUUGGAGUUGGAAAUUCAAGGUCUAAUGAACAAGAGAAACAGGCUUCUGUCUAUUAUAACAUAGCAGAUACAGUUUCUGAAAUGCAAAUAGCGGAGUGGGGCAGAUCCUAUAAGUAUAUAUGAAGUGACAAGUCAUUCAUCAUUCAUCGUGUAAUAACGUGUCUGUUAACGCCGUAUUACGAGCCGGAUAUUGCGCUAUCGUAUUUUUUUACGAGUUUCUAAGUGUUUUGCGGUUAUCAUUGUACUAUCAUCAUGUCUUUUGCGGGACAGGUUAUUCUGAUAACAGGAGCUAGCUCAGGAAUUGGAGCUGCAACAGCUGUUCACAUGGCCCAGCUUGGUGCAUCGCUAUCAUUAACUGGACGCAACAAGCAGAAUUUAGAUAAGGUGGCCGAGCAAUGUGGGCAAUCUAAGCCAUUCGUCAUAACGGGUGAAAUAACGAACGAGAACGACAUGAAAAAUAUCAUCGAUUCGACAAUUAAGCAUUUUGGCAAAUUGGAUGUUUUAGUUAAUAACGCUGGAAUUUUGGAGGGUGGUAGUUUAGAGACCACAAGCAUGGAACAAUAUGACAAUACUUUCAACGUAAAUGUUCGCUCGGUGUAUCAACUGACGGCGCUAGCAGUGCCACAUUUAAUCAAGACAAAGGGUAAUAUUGUCAACGUUUCUAGUGUAUGUGGAUUACGAUCUUUCCCAGGAGCUCUAGCAUAUUGUAUGAGUAAGGCGGCCGUAGAUCAAUUUACGCGUUGCGUCGCUUUAGAAUUGGCAGACAAACAGGUGCGAGUGAAUGCUGUAAAUCCUGGUGUUAUAAAAACAAAUCUUCACGAGAGAAGUGGAAUGACUCAAGAGCAGCUUAAAAACUUUUUCGAGCACAGUAAAGGGACGCAUGCUCUAGGAAGAACGGGCGACGUUUCGGAAGUCGCGAAGGCCAUUGCAUUUCUAGCAAGUGACGAUGCUAGUUACAUAACAGGGGCGACAAUACCUGUGGACGGAGGUAGACAUGCCAUGUGUCCUCGCUAAAGGUUUCAUGUCAUCUUUAUAAAUGAUAUAUGGUAUAUUUUUCAAUAUACAGAUAAUAUAUACUACAUAAUACAUAUUGUACUUAUAGUAUAAAAACGAAUUGCUACAUGUAAUGUGUGUCCUACUCCGCUGAGUAGUUCGAACAAAACGCAUUGAAAAAAAUAUUUCAGAGUUUAUUUUUCAUAA